AUGCGUGGCCAAGUGCCGGUCGAGGCAGCCAUAGGUGAUUCUUUCCCUGCCACUGCUCUUUCCCUGCUUCCACGCAAAGGAGCCAACGAGGUGGGCAGCCAGGCAGACGGGCGAAGGGAAGGCAAGGUCACGGAAUGCAUGUUUGGGUGUAGAUGGGUCACGGCAGCUGUAGCGGAAGAGGCGGAGGUGGACGAGGGAGAGGAGCAGGAAGACGACGAGAAGAGCAAGGGAAUUGUAGAGGAGGAGGAGGAGGAGGAGGAAGAGAGAGAAAAGGGAUCUGUAGUGAGAGGAUUUGGGAAAAAGAUGAAGGAGGAGUGGAGAGGCGCUGUCCAGAGAUCUUUUCCUGUGUCUGGGCAAGGGGUCUCCCCGCGGGGCCAUACUCAGUCACGGGAGCACACAACCCACUGGUGGCGCAGACAUUCUGCCCUCAGGAUGGAGCGCAGUGAGACGGUGUGUAGCUACUGUGGUGUGAGCUACCUCAUUUUUCACGAGUUCCAUCAGCUCCAAACCCGCCUGGCUGAUUUGGAGGCUGAGCUCCAAGAACUGGCAGAGACCUCCCAGAGAGAGAAGGCCCAGCGAGAAGCCCUGGAGAUGGGCAGGCUGGAGUGGGAGAGGACCCUUCACCAGGAUGUGCAGAGAAAGGCAGAAGAGAAAGAGAAACACAUGAAAGAAGAGCAAUUAGAGGCAGAAAGAGUUCUGAGAAAGGGGUUUGAACAAACGAUUGAGAGGAGGAGGAAAGAGAUGGAAGAGGAGUAUCAGAAAAUCAGUGAAGAAAAAGCAAAACAACUCAGACAAGAGCUUGGAGACUUGGAGGCAGAGAGACUGAGGAGGCAGCAAGAAGAGCUGGAGAGGAGGAUCGGAGAGAGAGAGAAAGUUCUGAUUGACGCACUUCAAAAGGCCAAUAAAAACUCAGAUGAGCUGAGAAAAUACCUCCAACAGCUGGAAGAGAGACUGGCAAUAGCGGCUUCCACGAAAGAAGAGGCAGAGCGGUUACUCAGAAAAGAGAAGCGGCAAGGUGAAAUUGUCAGAUGUGUGUGUGUGCAGCAACAGCAGGCCCUGCGAACGACUCUCUCUGUGCUCCGCUCGUCUGGCAGUGAGCUCACACAUGUACGGGGUUUCCUCGGCCAGCUGAUGGGGGCCUGGCAGGCCUUCAGAUCUCAGAUACUGCAGCACAGCACACAGGUGUUCUCAGUGCUGAGAGACGAGCUGAAGCAUUCCAGUGUGAAGUUUCAGAAAAUGAGAGAAGUGAAGGAGCAUCUAACUCAGCAGCUGAUAGAGGAGAGGAGACAGAAAGACGAACAGCUGCGCCAAUAUGAAGACUCUGAGAGGGAGCAUAGAGAAAACAUACUCAGGUUAAAAGGGGAUUUGGAGGAGAAACACGAGAGGUGGUUGUCAUGCCAACAAAGGUGUGAUACCUUGCAGGAGCAGCUGUUGUCAUGGCAACACAGAGAGGAACAAAUGAACCGGAAGUCCUGCGCAGCUGAUGGGGAAGUGACAAGACUUGGGGAAGAUUUGGAGAGGGUCCGGCAGGAAACCAGAGAGCUGAGGAGAGAAAGGAAGAUAUUGAUAGAGUCUCAUGGUAGAGCUUUGACCAAGAUGGAGGCAGACUACAGACAACGACUGGCCUCAAAGUUGGCUGCUGCCCUGGAGAAGGAGCGAACCCAGAAUGCAUUGCACCUGAGGGAGAAGAUGGAGGAGCUUCGCAGGGAGGUGGAGCUAGAGCUGACGAUUGACAGGGAGAAGAGCCAGUUGUUGCUUCUGCAGUACCAGCGAGACAGCACACAACUUCAGCAGAAGCUUGAGGAGAGAGAGCGGCAGGUACGAGCACUCCAAGAGGAGCAGCAGGAGGACUGGAGGUGCAGGGAGGAAGAGAGGAGGACACUAGAGGAGUGGAGAAGGAGGGAGGAGGAGAUACAGCAGAACCUGCAGCGCUCUGUGCAGCAGGAGGCGCUACACCUGAGCCAAGCUAAAGCCGAACUACAGCUGAUGACUGAGAGGAAUGCUGAAUUACAAGAAGAGGCAGCGUUACUCCAAGACACAGUAAGAAGGGAGUGUGAGGAGAGGGAGGAGCUAACUGCAGUUCUGUGUCAAGCUCAGCAGGAGCUCCUAAGGCUGCGAUCCCCAGUGUCUCAUCAAGGCUCCUCCAAAUCUCCUGCAUACCCCCCAGAGAGACACACACUUCCGGGGAACAACCAUUUCCAUCUGCAUAGUCAGGCCCGGAUACCCCUCACUCGCUCCUCAGCCUCCCCGAGAACACUCUGGCCUUCCUCUGCCUGCACAGAUAAAGACAGAGGCCGGGGCACAGAUGGAGGAGGAGCAGGGAGGAGUUUGGACUCCUUGAACGGCAAUGGGGUGUUAGGAGGAGAGAAAAGGCGAGAGGGGACGCUGCCCAGACUGAAAGCGAGCAGCACAGUGAGUGAAGUCAAACGAAAGGUCAGUUUAGUGAUGGGGAGGAAGCAAUCUGAAUGAACCUGAACAUUUGAAUAAAACACAUUUUAAUGCUGUUUUGAAAUAGUAUUUAUAUAUUAACACUAUCAUUUUAGUAGUAUUUUUAAUAUUCCCCUUAAAUAUAAUAAUACACACAUUUUACUUUGCCUCACACACCAGUUUCCUGACUUUAAAAGACACACACAUACACACAAACAAGCACACACCUUAUACACAAAACACAACUGCUGAGUCCUGUUAGUUCACCAGCAAACUCCCAGGACACACACUCUCCAACAGACAUGCACUUGUUUUCUCACAACCCGACUCAUGAAGUCUCACUGGCACGCACAGGAUUUCACAGACAAACACCCACACACACACACACACACAUAGUAGAUACACACACACACAAACACACAGCGUGUCACAAGGGCAGGGCUGAAGGAGCAUGACAGCGUGUCCCUUGCCACCCGUGGACGCAAACAAAAGGCCGGCAAACACAAAAGAAACUGUAAGGCAAGCACCCCCAGACCCACACAUACACACACACACAUAUACACAUACACACGCACACACAACAAUUACCCAGCCCUCUCCCCUCAGGCUUUGUGUGUUAUUGACAUCAUUCACUCCGUGCAAGGUCUUUCCAUCCCUCCCUCCCUCUCUCUCCCUUCCUCUCCCUCUACAUUUGGGAUGAAUUGGCAUAAUGGGAGAAAUGCGUGAAGUGUGUGUGUGUGUAUGUGUGUGUGUGUGUGUGGCACGGAACUAAUUUCCCUACUUACUGGCACACAUGGAAAGCUUUUUGGUGUGACUUCCCCCGUGCCCCGCUCUUCCAGUCCAUCUGUGAGACGCUGUGCACGUGCAUGUGGUUCACUCAGAAAGGUGGGAUGAUAAUGAUUUUGUCCUGCCAGUGUUUUUCCUCUGUUUGCGAGAACACACAUAUGGUUUAUCUGCUCGGUGCGUGUGGAGAGGACGUUCUGAAAUACUGAACAAUGAACAUCAUGUGCCAUUAAAACUUAAUUUUCUACCUCCCCUGUUUUUGUCGGAGGAUUAAAUGGAACAUUUCCUAUUGCACACAACAAACUGGUUCAUGUUUUUUCCUGAAGUUGACUAAAUGUCCAAUAAAGAAAUUAAAAUUUUUAAUGUGAU